UACAGUACAAUCAAAAACUUAGACAUUAAUUGUAAUCAUAAGUGACUUAUUGUGUGAAAAAUCUGUUGUUUUUGUUUGUUUUUCACAUAUUUUUUGUUUGUUUUAAAUGUUUUAUCCAAUUGAAGACUCGACUGAUAUAUUAAAAUCGUUAAUAAGUGAGAAAAGCAAAGAAACCAUGUUUUUGGACCAACAGUUGCGGAACAUCCAGUCGAUGAUCCGGCUGACCAAAGGCAACCUGGAGGCGCUGAACGCCCGGUUCGCUCAGUACCAACACCCGCCCUCCAUGUACAUCGCCGAGUACGAGGACCUCACGUCCAAACUCAACGAGUUUCAGAGGCAGGAGGAGAAGCUCUUGGAACUGAUCGCUGAUUACGGCGACUACGAGGACUCGCCCAUUGAUAUCAUCGAUGGCCACAACUACGAGCUGUUGGCCAACGCCAGCUCCGGGUCCGGCAGUAGUAGUAGUCAACCGCGCACUCCGCUCAAGCCAGUGAUCCGGGCGCACCUUCCCAAUCAACAGCGCACUACUGUUCCCGUAUAUCCCGGACAGACGGUGCGCGAGGCGUUGGCCAAAGCCAUGAGGAGGCGUCGACUCACGCCUGAGAUGUGCUCUGUCUUCAUAUACCACAACAAACAACCCAUCGAAUGGGACAGAGAUAUAACACUACUGGAGGGACAGGAGAUCUUAGUCGAGACUCGCGAACGGUUCCCAAUCCAGACGAGUAUUUCACACAAUUAUGUUCGCAAAACAUUCUUCACGUUAGCGUUCUGUGAGUGCUGUCAUCGGCUCCUAUUCCACGGCUUCCGGUGCCAGACGUGCGGCAUUCGGUUCCACCAGCGGUGCGCCAACGCCGUGCCCUCCCUGUGCCAACCACUGCGCGUCGAAUCCAAUUACUACCGACACCUCCUGGCGCUCAACGAUCAGUCAACAUAUCUCUCGAACUCAAAGCAACCGCAGGUCUCAUCGCAAGCCUCACAGCCAUCGCAAACUCAUCGCUCGACCCCAUUAGGCCAGAGAGAGAGGUCCACUUCCGCGCCCAACGUCUGCUUCAAUCUAGUCUCUCAUAACGAUCUUACUAUCGAAGAGAUCCGUACACUCACUGGCGCCUCGUCAAUAGUUUUGCCCGCAUUUAUCUCUCCAUUGAAUUCUCGACGAACCAAUCCAUACAAUCCAUACGCCACUAUCGGUCCUAUCAGUGGAAAAGGUGCGUUUAGUAACUUACAUCCGCCCCAUUCCUCUGGUACGAUAGCUACCAGUUCCACAUCGGGAUAUCAGGGUUCCAUAUCUCCGUCUUCGUCGCCCACCCGCACCCAAUCGGCCGGCGGCUUCACCACUGGAAACAUUUGAGUCAAUUAUCUCUUAAGGAUUACUCGCAAGGACUACAUCCAAACCAAACGAAUUCUCGACAAACGCUCCAAAUUUCUGUCACUAAUCAUGAAUUUUUCGGAAAAUGUUUUAUUUUUUGAAAAUACACCGACAAAUGGAGUAAUGAAUUAUGAUUUCGAUUCCUAUUAACAAAAAUAAUGAUUACUGGAAAAGAAAUUUUAAAUAUUUUAUUGUAAAUAUAUUUUUCGGCGAAAAGCGUUCAAAACAAGCACUUCUUUUUGGAUAAUUAAUUAUAUUUUCAAUACUGAAUAGCAUUCCAGGCGUUACUUAAGUCUUAAACAAUUUUGUUGU